UCACAAUUUGCAAUUUCACCAUGUCCCGCCUGCUGCGAUUCAUUGUGCUGACGGCAGCGACAGCAGCGUGUCUGUCGCAAUAUGCCACCAAUGGUCGUUCAGCAUGGGGCACUUUGCCAUCGCCACAGUUGCCCAAAUUCCUCACAGACGGGCCCUUGGAAGAUGGACUACCCUGGGGCUCGGCAAAUCCAGCGGGAGAACCGCCUGACACAGGGGUGACGCGGCAUUACCAUUUUAGCAUUACGCGUGGCUUCAAGGCCCCGGACGGCUUUAAUAAAAGUGUAAUUCUAGUCAAUGAUCAGUUUCCCGGUCCGGUGAUUGAAGCCAACUGGGGAGAUAUGAUCGAGGUGACAGUCGUCAACAAUAUCGAUAGCCCUGACGAAGGUGCCACGAUGCAUUGGCAUGGAAUGACCCUGAAGAACGCCCCGUGGUACGAUGGUGUUCCGGGUGUUUCCCAAUGUCCUAUCACACCCCGUGGUGGGAAGUUUACCUAUACCUUCCAAGCAGAUCAGUUCGGCACUGGGUGGUACCAUUCGCAUUACAGUGCCCAAUACGAUGACGGGCUCUACGGUCCAAUGGUGAUCUACGGUCCAGUACAGCCGGAAGUCAGCUAUGACCAUGAUCUGGGGCCGGUCAUGAUCUCCGACUACUUUCAUAUUAGCUACAACAAGGCCUUGGAGCUGAGCUUUUCAAAGCCCCCACUGCCAUUGAGCGUCGACAAUAAUCUGAUCAACGGCAAAGGGGCAUAUGACUGCAACUCUACCAAAACCCAUCGGGGCUGUCUUCCUGGAGCGGGGCACGCGAAAUUUCAAUUUAAGUCCGGGAAGCGCUAUCGGCUGCGGCUUAUAAACACCGGAUCACUUGCAAACCAGAAGUUCAGCAUUGACAACCAUGAGAUGACAGUCAUUGCAAACGAUUAUGUUCCGGUCAAGCCUUAUAACACCCGAGUGGUCACCCUGGGUGCUGGUCAACGGACGGAUGUCAUUGUCCAUGCUACCGGCUCUCCCAGAGACGCCGUGUGGAUGCGAUCCGAUAUUGACAUGGUCUGUCUCCAGACGACCGCCACUAUUCCUACGGCACUUGCAGCUAUAUAUUAUGAGUCCGCAAACACCGACCAUCCUCCAAAAACGAACGGCUCAUCAUGGGAAAGCAACAACUGUCGUAAUGACCCAUUGAGUCAGACAGUCCCAUAUUACCCAUUAGCACCUCCGGAGCCCGAGACUGUUCAGACGGUGACAGUCACCGUUGGGUUGAACGCCACCGGAUAUGCAGUCAUGUUCAUGGACGGCUCAUCCUUCCGCGCCGAUUAUCACCAUCCUGCACUGCUUGGUGCCAAAGCAGGAAAUCUGUCUUUCCCUACAGAGCGGAACAUCUACAACUUUGGCAGCAACUCCAGUGUGCGGUUGAUUCUGAAUAAUAUGUAUGGCACUGUACAUCCGAUGCACCUACACGGUCAUAACUUCUGGGUUCUGGCAGAAGGCUUGGGGACAUGGGAUGGUGAAAUCACAAACCCAUCGAAUCCACUACGUCGUGACACACAUAAUAUGCAGCCCGGAACCCCUGACCAGCCAUCCUAUGUGGUUCUCGAAUGGAGGCAAGAUAAUCCAGGCAUUUGGCCUUUCCAUUGCCAUAUGUCUGUGCACUCUAGCGCCGGAAUGGUCAUCUUAGCCCUCGAGCAACCGGACUUGAUAGAAGAGCUACGCAUCCCAAUGGUCAUCCGCCAGAGCUGUCGUUCUUGGGAGCAAUUCAAAAGCCCGUCACUGGUCAAACAGAUCGACUCAGGCAUAUAGGUGAUAGACGACAGUGGGUAGUGCCCCGCCAAUUGAUGUGUGGGAGCUUUGUAAAAUAGACUAGACAUAAUUUGUCCUCACAGGAGAAUAGGGGACUUCGCCAUUCAAGGACAGAGCCGUAUUAGGAGUAGGAAUUCUCAGCAAAAUAUGAGGUGCAUCAGCAUACGUGCACGAUACCAGCAAGA